AUGGAUGAUGAAUUCAAUGUAACAUAUAUAACUCUCAUUGGAUAUGAGGAAAUGGGAAAAUACAGGUAUUUGUUAUUUUUUAUUAUGUUUAUAGUAUAUAUUCUAACAAUCUGCUUUAGUUUCAUCAUUGUGUGCAUUAUUUGGAUACACAAGAACCUCCAUGAGCCUAUGUACAUUUUCAUUGCAGCGCUACUAGUGAACUCUAUUGCUUGUUGCACUACUCUGUACCCAAAGUUGUUAGUGAACUUUUUAUCUGAAAAACAGAUUAUAUCAUAUUCAGCCUGUCUCUUGCAAUGUUUUCUAUAUUACACCUUUUGUGCUUCAGAUUUCUUCCUGUUGGCAGCCAUGGCCUAUGACAGAUAUGUGUCUAUAUGUAAACCUCUGCAAUAUCCAGUUAUCAUGACAAAAACCAUAGUGAGUAUUAUGCUGGGUUUAGCUUGGCUUGUGCCUGCUUGCCAGGUUGCAGUCCCAAUAAUACUAAGUGCUAAUGUGAAGCUCUGUCAUUUAACUUUAGAUGCAAUUUUUUGUAACAAUUCAAUUUACAGUCUCUACUGUGUGCCUUCAAAAGAACGGUCUAUAUUUGAUAUGUUUUCUCUUGUAAGCAUGGCACUUCUCCCUUUGCUCUUCAUACUUUUUACAUACACCAGAAUACUUAUAAUUUCCUAUCGAAGUGGUAGAGAAGUCAGAAAAAAAGCUGCACAGACCUGUUUACCUCACCUGUUGGUUUUAAUCUGCUUUUCCUGUUUGUGUGGAUAUGAUAUCAUUGUAAUACAUCUGGAAGUGCGAUCUGAUAUCCAUUCAAUAAUGACUUUACAAGCAUUUUUGUAUUAUCCUCUCUUCAAUUCAGUUAUAUAUGGACUAAAAAUGAAAGAAAUUACUAAACCCCUAAAGAAGUUUUUUUGUCGAACCAAAGCGAUCUAA